UUCCCGCCGCCGCUCGGCUCUCUCCGGCCUGUCCCUCAGCGCCGCCGCUGCCAUGGCCGGUGGUCGCCGCUCGCCGCCCGCUCCGUGCUGCCCGGGCCGGGCGGCGGUGCCCGCUCCGUGCUGCCAGGGCCGCGUGGCCGUGCCCAGCGUGCACCAGAGCCUGUCCGAGAUGGACUUCGAGCGGGGGAUCUGGGCGGCGGCGCGGGACGGGGACGAGGCGCGGGUGCUGCAGCUGCUGGAGCGGCGAGGGGACCCCGCGGAGCCCGACCUGGCGGGGUACACGGCCCUGCACUACGCCAGCCGGAACGGGCACCUGGCCGUGUGCCGGCUGCUGCUGGAGCGCGGCGCCCCGUGCGAUGCCCGCACCCCCGGCGGUGCCACCCCGCUGCACCGCGCCUGCUUCUGCGGGCACCGCGCCGUCACCGAGCUGCUGCUGGCACACGGAGCCGACCCCGCGGCCGCCGACGGCGACGGCAGAACCGCCCUGCACAAGGCCGCCGAGCAGGGGCACCGCGAGCUCUGUGCCCUCCUCCUGUGCCGGCAGCCGGCCCUCGCUGCCCUCCGCGAUGCCAGGGGCCGCAGCCCGCGGGACGGGGCGCACCCGGCCGUGCGGGACCUGCUGGACGCCUGAGGGGACGCGGAGGCCACGGCGGGGCCCGGUCGCUGCCGCGGGCCCGGUGCCCGUCCCGGUACCGCCGCUCCUACUUCCGUGUUCCGCCAACACGCCCCACCCACUGCCCGCCCUCCCAGCCAAUCACAUCCCACCUUUUCCCUGUAGUUCCGCCUCCCUUCCCUCGCAGCCAAUCACGACCCGCGGUGCCUUUAGGGGGCGGGGUUUGGCGCGGUAAACGCCCCCCCGGCGGUGGGGGGGGGGGAUUUAAAGGCGCCGCGUCCUUUUUAAAGCGGUUCCGGUAACCGGGACCCUUCCCCGGUAACCGGGACCCCCCCCCACGCGCGGCACCGAGCACAGCCACGUACAGAUAUAGAAUUUUUAUUAACCCAUCUGGCAAAAAAAAAAAAAAAAAAGAAAAAAACCAAACAAAAAAAACCCCGUGAAAUAAAAAUUCCACGGUCGGUUUCACAACCGGGGCGUGGGGGGAGGGGCAGAACCGGGAGGGGGAGGCCCGGCCCCCCCCGCCCCUCCCCCCAUCCCCCCCGCGACCCGAGCGCCCCAAAAAAUACAAAUCAAACCUGAACAAUAAAUAGGAAUUCCCCAGGGGGGGAGGAAAAGGAGGGGUUUGCAUAGAGGAAGAUUUAAUAAAAAAGGUUUUUUUGUUGUUGUUUUUU